UGGAGUUUGCUGUUUGUUAUGGUGCUGUUGAAAGUGCAUCUCGUUGCAAGCGAUUUUCGUCACUACUGCACGGCUGUAUAAUGCCGACAGGUCCAAUCCAGUUGCAAUAAACAAAAUCGUCGGUUCUCAUUCGACGUAGAACGAGCCGUUGCCAAGGGUACAGGUUUUGCAUUUCAUUUCAAUAGUCGGCGAUCUCAUUCUUGUCUGGCUCAGUUGAAAGGUUUUCUCGGUUCUGCGUAUUGAAACUUGCAUCAACUGAUCGAAGUUUUAGUGCUUUCAGAAUUGCGUGAUUUUUCAAAUAAUGCAGUUAGAUCUUCUAUAAGGAUGAACCUUGGUCGAUCCUAGGACUUGCAGUUUGAGAUUAUGGAUGAUUAGGUAUACUAAUGCCCUAAUUGUUGAAAUAUCCGUUUUACGUUUGCUCUUCCGAGUAACCACCCAUUGCUCCGCAAAAUGGCUGUAGAUACAGUAAAGCAGCAGUUGAAUAAGGUUUUCAACGAUGAUGAAGCAAUGAUAAACAAAAAAUUACCAAAAGAGCUGCUGUUGAGAAUUUUCUCAUACCUAGAUGUGGUUUCCCUGUGCAGAUGUGCUCAAGUUUCGAAAUCUUGGAAUAUUCUAGCCUUGGAUGGAUCAAACUGGCAAAGAAUUGAUUUAUUUGAUUUCCAAAAGGAUGUUGAGGGUCCAAUAAUAGAAAACAUAUCUCGAAGAUGCGGUGGAUUUUUAAGACAACUUUCCCUUCGGGGAUGCCAAUCUAUUGCCGAUGGCUCAAUGAAAACCCUGGCUCAGCAAUGUCCCAAUGUGGAAGAUCUCAACCUGAAUGGCUGCAAGAAAUUGACCGACUCGACCUGUAACUCUUUUUCUAAAUACUGCGGUAAACUUCAAAAGUUGAAUUUGGAUAGCUGUGCGGCAAUCACUGACAUGUCACUGAAGGCUCUUAGUGAUGGAUGUCCGAAUCUCACACACAUCAACGUUAGCUGGUGCAGUAACAUCACCGAAAAUGGAGUUGAGGCUUUAGCCAGAGGGUGUCCGAGAUUGAAGAGUUUUAUAUCGAAAGGAUGUAAACAAGUCACUUCUAGAGCAGUCAUUUGCUUAGCUAGGUUCUGUAAGCAUUUGGAAGUUAUCAAUUUGUUGGGAUGUUGUUCCAUAAGGGAUGAAGCCGUCCAGUCUUUAGCUGAAAAAUGUCCUGAUUUGCACUAUGUUUGUUUUUCUGGAUGCUCAUUUUUAACAGAUGCCUCGUUGAUAGCAUUAGCUCAAAAGUGCCCUUUGUUGUCAACAUUGGAAGUAGCUAGUUGUUCCCAGUUCACCGAUGCGGGCUUCCAGGCAUUAGCAAGGAGUUGCCGUUAUUUAGAAAAAAUGGAUUUGGAUGAGUGUGUUCUAAUCACGGAUUCUACUUUAAUUCAUUUGGCAGUUGGUUGUCCAAGGAUAGAAUAUCUAACACUUUCACAUUGCGAAUUGAUCACAGAUGAAGGCAUACGACAUUUGUCGAUGUCACCUUGUGCCGCUGAAAAUUUAACUGUACUAGAAUUAGAUAAUUGUCCGCUUAUAACGGAUGUAUCUUUGGAACAUCUUACAUCCUGUCACAAUUUGCAACGAGUAGAGUUAUACGAUUGUCAACUAAUCACAAGAUAUGGAAUUAGGAGAUUAAGGAGCCAUCUUCCUAAUAUAAAAGUUCAUGCAUAUUUUGCACCUGUAACACCUCCCCCAUCAGCAGGGGGCAAUCGUCAGAGAUACUGCAGAUGCUGCAUCAUACUAUGAAUAAAAUGUGAAUACUUUCAAUUCUGGAUUGAUUUACAUUAUCACCACCAAUAUAUUAUGUGUUCAGCACGCUUUAAAUGUGUGCAUGAAUAUAUGGGAAAUUCUCUAGAAUUUCAAAAUAUGUCGAACAACUCUGAACAGUUUGUUUGAAAAUAUGAAGCAAAAUAUAUUUCAUGGUAUUAUCGUUGAAUUUUUAUAGUGAUUUUGAAAUUGUUGUCAUUCUCAACAAUUGAAAGAAGCUGAUAGAAACGAAAUAAUUAAUCGAGUGUAAUUACGAAUGUCUUUCAUUAUUAACCACAUAAUUCAAUAUGUAGAAAUGUAUUCGAAAUACUUUGAAGAAAAUAAAUUUGAAUUACGCUCAAAAUUUGUGUCUUUGAGUUAAUUUAUCAGAAAAAAUUAUCGUGUAGUAAAACGUAUUAUUGUUUCACACAUAAUACAUUACUUUUGCACAAUUUUAUGCCAAUUAUAAUAAGGAAUUACAGGCAUUUGAACUACACUAUUUGUCAAGAAUAUGGAUUUACUGUGAAAUAAAUAUACUUUUGUCUUUUGAAGCUUCCAACAAGUAUUCUCAAUAUUUUUUGACUGUUAUCAAAAUGUUACUUGUUUAUUGAUAUCUGUGGAAUAUUUCAGUCUUGUUUGAUCAUAAUAACUUUCAAAAAUUCAUAUCAUAUAUUGCACUAGCAAUAAGAAAAUCAAAUCAAUGUUCAUGAAAUUAAAUUUCAUUUGAGCUAUUACUGGAAUAUAUGAUAAAUUCAAUUUAAAAUGUCAAAAGUUAAAAAUUUUCCUUCGGCUCAUCAAAUGUAUAUACAUACAUAGAUAUUUAUGAUUCCAAGCAUUCAGGAAAUGUACUAUUAUCGAAAUUGCAACUCUUUACUUGAAGGAAAUAUGAUUAUUUAUACCUUUUUCAUGUAUGUUGAUGAUGUACUUUGGUAGUAUCAGUAGAAGUGGGUUUUUCAAUCAUUGUUAAGAAAUAAUUAAAUCUUUUUGUAGUAUUAUAGGGGACACAAUAUAUACAUUAUUUGUACGUCUGGAGAGAAAGAAGCCUGUGAUAAAUAUUUGAAUAUCUGUAAAUUGUGAAUAGUUUAAUGUAAGCUUAUAUUAUCUCUAAUCUGGAAUUUAUUGAAAUUUUGUAUACUUAACAUGAUAUAUCUGGUUGAUGUAAUUUCUUGGAGUUAUUCCUCUUCCAGAGAGAGCAUUUUGUUUUUAUUAAAACUCAAUUUGAAA